UAAUGAAAGUUGUAGCUAUUAAAUUUAUUUAUUUUGAGAGAUUUUAUCAAUUAAACACUCUCAGUGAAAGGUUUAUGGAGGCCAUCAAUUAUUUCCCAGCAUGCAUCUGUGCUCUGACGUAGAUGAGACACAUUGCUGCUGCUGACUGGGUCAGUGUUACAAACUGAUCGCACUACGGGAAAACAUGCCUGAAUGUCAAGCAAAAUUUUGCACUGUCAGAAGGGGACAAGGAUUUAAUACAUUUUCUAUUCCUGACCCUAAGCGUGACUAUGAAUUGUGCAAAAGAUGGAUUCAUAAUUUGGGGAAUGAUAAAUUAAACAUAAAGACUUUUGUGUUUGCAUAUCAUAAAAUUGUAUGUGAAAAACACUUUGAAGAGGAUUGCUUUGAAGAUGAUCUUGAGGCACGCCUGAUGAAUUUCAAACCAAGAAAAAAACUGAAAAAGGGGGCAGUUCCUACUAUUUUCCUUGACAGCAAAACUCCAAAGAAAAGGGAAACAAGUGAAAAAAGAAUAAAAGAGAAGGAAAAAGUGGAACUACUUGAAAAUAUUCUUGUCAAUGCUGAAGAUGAUGACAAUAUAGAUGAGUCAGGCUGUUCUUAUGAUACUGGGAGAUCGGGGCAGAAAAGGAAAGGAGAAACAAUUCCUGUGGGAAAAUCAAAAAAACCAAAGAAUUCAAAGAACACUGUUGAUGUUGGAAUUCAGUUUGAAUACAUGGAUGAAAGAACUAUGAAAGAUAUGGGUACACAAUGUGACAUAAGAACUGAAAAAUCAACAGAAUUCUGUGUCAACUGUAGAUCAAGAGAAAACCCUGGUCUAGCAACAUCUGAUCACGGAUAUUCAAAAAUAUUCCAGGAUAUUCCUUCAACAUCAGAAACUGACACUAUUUUUCUCUCCUCUACACCUGUGAAAUCUGCACAGUGCUUCUCGCACACAUUUGAAUCGGAUGAAUUAUCACCUGUCAAAUCAAUUACUACCAAAACUGACCCAGAUUUCUCUUUCAUUCCCUCAGAUGAGUCAACAAAUGAGUUAUCAAAUUUAUCAAGUGAUGAAGAGCAAGAUGUUAAUCCUACUGAGGAUUCAAAAUUUAUUGUCUUUUGGUCAUGUAUCAAAUCUCUUUUCUGUAUGUUAAUGUGCCAAGUUUGCAAACAACCGUUUGAUGCCAAUGCUACAAACCAUUAUGUCAAUGGGACAGGAUUGUCUGUGGAGUUUAAUUGCCUGAACAACCAUAAAUUUACUUGGAAAUCACAACCCUUUGUAGGGAAACAACCAAUUGGUAACAUUAUGUUAUCAGCAGCCACAUAUUUUAGUGGAUUAACUUUCUCAGGCAUUUCAAACUUUGCUAAGUGCAUGAAUUUAAAAAUAAUAUCUAGAACAACUUUUAUCAAUAACAGCAGAACAUUAGUGUUACCUGUCAUAGAUAUGUACUACAGAGAACAACAAAAUGAUAUUCUUAAAAAAAUGAAAAGAAAACCCCUAGUAAUUUGUGGAGAUGGUAGAUGUGAUUCUCCAGGUUUCAAUGCUAAAUACUGUACAUAUACAGUCAUGGAGGCCAUGACUUCUGCAAUUUUAGAUUUUAAUGUUGUUCAAGUAAGUGAAACGGGGUCAUCUUCUACAAUGGAGUUAGAAGGAUUUAAAAGAUGCUUGUCAAAAUUAAAACAAUCCAAUAUAUCUAUAAAAGCUUUAGCAACUGACAGACAUGUACAAAUACGGAGUUUUCUUAGAAAAGAACACCCUGGUAUUAAGCAUCAGUUUGAUGUUUGGCAUUUAGCAAAAAGUAUAUGUAAAAAGCUUCUGGUAGCAUCAAAAAAGAAAGGAUGUGAAGAUUUAGCUCCUUGGAUAAGGAGUGUAAACAAUCAUAUUUGGUAUUGUGCAUGUCGAUGUAGAGGUGAUCCUGAUUUGCUUGUUGAAAUGUGGAGGUCUUUAGAACAUCAUAUUUGUAAUGUGCACGAAUUUCCUGGUAACAAUUAUACAAAAUGUGGUCACCCACAACUCUCAACAGAGGAAACGAGAAAGAAAAAAUGGCUGCAGAAAGGUAGCAAGGCCCACAAAGCCCUAUUGACUGUUAUUUUUCACAAAAGACUUCUAAAAGAUAUUCGCCAGUUGAAUCUGUUUUGUCAUACUGGUGAACUUGAGGUAUAUCAUUCAAUGAUGCUGAAGUACAUUCCAAAGCGUCAAGAAUUCAAUUAUGAGCAAAUGGUAGCCCGUACACAAUUGUCAGCUAUUGACCAUAACUUCAAUAUUUGGAGAAAUCAAAAAACUGAUGAUGAGGGUCAACCAAAAUUUUACAGAGCUUUCUCAAAAGUUACUGGAAGAUGGACUGCCAAGAGACUCUAUGAAGAAAAAGAUUAUGGAUUUAGAUUAGACUUGAUGGAUAUGGUUCUGGAGCAAAAAGAAUUAAAAUCAAACUUAACAACAAUGCAUCAGACAAAAAAGAAAACACUUCCACAGAAUAUAGCUAAAAUUCCAGCUCCCCCAACUUCUGAGCUUGUUGAAGCCCAUAUUUCAAGAUUUAAAAUUAAUUAAAUUUCAUCCACUUU